UUUUCUGAUUUUCCAGUCUAGGGCCCAGCCAGCCGGCUGGAAGCAGGACAGAGGUCAGGUGAACUCAGACCACACAUCCCUGUUAAACACAUCAGCUUUUAAAUCAAUCUUUGUUCAAAGUCCAGUGAGUUCCAAGACUAGAGCUCCUGGCAGAGAGAAUUCCCAAGUGACAGAGCAGCUCCUCUUCCUUCCAGGUACAGAAAUGGCUGCCGUCUUCAAUGUCCGAGAAUGCAAACUGUCCAAACUGGAAGGGCAAAGCUAUGGCUUCUUCCUGCGAAUUGAGAAGGACACCGACGGGCACCUGGUCCGGGUGAUUGAGAAGGGAAGCCCAGCAGAGAAGGCUGGGCUCCUGGAUGGAGACAGAGUUCUCAGGAUCAAUGGUGUCUUUGUCGACAAGGAAGAGCACAUGCAGGUGGUGGAGCUGAUCAGAAAGAGCGGGAAUUCGGUGACUUUAUUAGUUCUGUGUGGGGAUUCCUAUGAGAAAGCUGUGAAGAAAGGGGUGGACUUGAAAGAGUUGGAUCAAAGCCAGGAGCUGGAUUUGAGUGACACGAAAGCAGCCCCAGUGAUGAACGGAGGAGUGACUUGCACCCAGCCGCGGCUCUGCUACCUGGUAAAGGAGGGGAACAGCUACGGCUUCUCUCUGAAAACUGUCCAAGGUAAAAAGGGAGUACACAUGACUGACAUAACACCUCAGGGUGUGGCUAUGAAAGCUGGAGUCCUGCCUGAUGAUCAUUUGAUUGAAGUGAAUGGAGAGAAUGUAGAGAAUGCCAGCCACGAGAAAGUGGUUGAAAAGGUGAAGAAGUCUGGAAACCGCAUCAUGUUCCUUCUUGUGGACAAAGAAACCGACAAGUACCAUCGUGAACAAAAGAUACCAUUCAAGAGGGAAACAGCAAGUUUGAAACUGCUGCCCCACCAGCCUCGAGUCGUGGAGAUGAAGAAGGGAAGCAAUGGCUACGGUUUCUACCUGAGGGCGGGCCCAGAACAGAAAGGUCAAACCAUCAAGGACAUAGAUUCUGGAAGUCCGGCAGAGGCGGCUGGCCUGAAGAAAAACGACCUGGUAGUUGCUGUCAAUGGCGAGUCUGUGGAGACCCUGGAUCAUGACGGUGUGGUGGAAAUGAUUAGGAAGGGGGGAGAGGAGACGUCACUGCUGGUGGUGGACAAAGAGACGGAUGAUCUGUACAGACUGGCUCAAUUUUCUCCAUUCCUCUACUAUAAAAAUCAAGAAUUGCCUAAUGGUUCUGUCAAGGAGGUUCCAGCCUCUGCUCCUCUGGAGGACUCAGGUCCAGACACCACAGAGGAAGUAGCGGAUCAUAAGCCUAAACUCUGCAGGCUGAUGAAAGGUGAAAAUGGCUAUGGCUUUCACUUAAAUGCGAUUCGGGGACUGCCAGGCUCAUUCGUCAAAGAGGUACAGAAGGGCGGCCCGGCCGAUGCAGCCGGGCUGGAGGAUGAGGAUGUGAUCGUUGAAGUGAAUGGGGUGAAUGUGCUGGAUGAACCCUAUGAGAAGGUGGUGGACAAAAUCCAGAGCAGUGAGAAGAACAUCACACUCUUGGUCUGCGGAAGGAAGGCCUAUGAUUACUUCCAAGCUAAGAAAAUCCCAAUUAUUUCCUCCAUGGCUGAUCCACUGGACGUGUGCCCUGAUUCCAAAGAAGAAACAGUGGUAGAGUCAGAGCAUGACUCACACAUGGUGAAAGAAAGAGCCCACAGUACAGCCUCAAAUUCUUCCUCCAAUUCUGAAGACACACAGAUGUGAUCAGAACGAAUGAUGGCUUCAGCUGCUAGGAUUCCUACUAAGUAUCCAGAACUGGUGUCACAUGGAAUGAGCUGCCACCCACUUACUGUGUUAAAGACUUUUGGAAACCACCACCUGUGAAUGACUGCCACAGAGCUAUUACAGAUGGCUUAUUUGCUUUUUGUGAUCUCUUCCAUGCUUUAGCUUAACUACAUUUCUCUAUAUGAUGAUCUCUUUUAUAGGCUCCUUAAGCACCAAAGCCGAUUCAUGAAUCUCCAAAACAGCAGAGCAGAUAAUUCAAAUUAUGCUUUUAUAAAAAUGUGGUUGCUAGAACAAAUACCAUUAAAAAUGUCUUGAGUAUGCUUACCUUCCUCUA